AUGUCCAGACCAGCGGGAAAAAUCGCCUCCGUCGGUGAUACUCAUAAGAUUGUGUACGAGAAUCGUCGCCUGAUCAAUGACUAUCUGGAUCAAGCAGCUCGAGUUGUUGGUAAUCAAGAUCCGGUCAUGUACAAGGAUCCGAGAGAAAUGGAUGAAGAUGCUGCUCAUACUCCGAAUGGGUAUCAAAUCAACAUGAACGUACUGGAUUCGCUGGUGAGUUUGAUUUGUAAAGUUGGUUGUUAUCUUGUGGGUUUGAUUUGUAAAGUUAGUUAUUCUGUUGUGAGUUUGUACACAAAGUUAUUGCGGGUUUUAACAUUGUUUUGAUGUUGUUAUGACCUUGUUUUAGCCUCCAAUCACAGGUUAUCCAUUGCUGUUCACUGGAGUGUUAAAGUGUCGAUAUGAAGCUAUCAAGGCAAGUUUCUUAUCAUUUUUAAAACAAAUUAAAAACUUUCUACAAACGUUUAGACCUUAUUCGACAAAAAAUUUGGCCAAUCUUUUCGCCUGAUGGGGGUCGACGUACUGGAAGAUCGAUGGUAUGUCUAUGUCAAGACUUUGGCUGAAGCGGCCGAAGUCAUUUUAAGAAUGGACAAGCUCGUAUUUCAUGGUGGUGUCCUUUGUGUACGAUACUUGCAUCCAAAUGGCACCUUACUUCAUGUAAACCAAGUGAAUCGACUGAUCGAACAAAAAAAUUACAACGCUUCGGCUACCAUAACCCGUAGGAACAAUGGGUACGUGGAGUUUAGUCCGAAGCAAAUGAAGUGGUUCAAUGAGAUCUUUGAGGUAGGGAAUUUGAAUAUGAAGUCUGUUUACAGUAGUCGAUCUUAUCAUAGUUUACCCUACUGUACCCUUCACUACCGUACCCUACUCUACCCUACCUACCCUUAAUACCCUACUAUUACUACCCUGCCUGAACUAAAAACAUUUUUUUCAGAACUUCCACAAGCUUCCGUACCAUUUCUCCUCCGGCAUACCAAUAGAACCAGCCAUCAGAGCCAUCCGCAAAACCCAAUGCAAGUCCCAUGUUGUGAUAAGAAUGGCACUGAAGGAGUAUGGUCGAUUUCUAAUGGGAACUUGUUUGAAGGGCAAGUAUGUAAAGAAUGGAUGGCUGAAAAUGAUCAGUAACAAACCUAUGAGCGCGGAAUUACGGAAGGAAAUUGAGGUAGGGGAAGUGAAGAGGGGUGGGGUGGGUCUAGGUAAAAGGGGGGGGAAGGUUUCUACUGCUGAAACUUUUUUUUGAGAAAAGUUACGUGGAAGUGUACACUCUACAGAUUCUAGAAAAAAGAUUUGAUCCCCCCCCCCUCCCUCUAAAAUCACCCCCCCCCCAUUUGCCAAAUAUUUUUUUUUGAUUUCAGGCUUAAAUUUAUAGCUAACUUACUUUAAAAAUCAUUUUUAGGUGUGCCAAUAUCAACCACAAGAAACAUGGGAACCGUUCGGCGUCGAUCUGAUCGAAUCGGUCGAAACCUUCAUCCAGUACAUGAAGGCAAUGAUGAGGAAGUUUGGCCCAUUAAAUGUCUACUUAAGCCUAAGGUUACGCCUAUCUACCUUUAUCGGUCAUUCUGAAUUUCAGGUAAGCAGCAAAGCACUUUAGAAUUUAAAAAAUUUAAAAUUUUGAAGCGGAAACAGGGAAUAUCUGAGGUUAAAACGAUAGUUUAAAUUUUCCUUAAUAAAAAUACUAUUUUAGGCCCCAGCAACGUCACGCGAACUAAUCUUCUACCUAGAACAACACUCCCCAGAUUUUGUGGUCAUAGACGACACGAUUUAUGACAUUACCAUCCCGGAUCACAUCAGAAUCCUUCGUGAACACUUGACCAACGCCUUUGCCCGCUCCAGGAAAUACAGCUCUACCUCAUUUGUCAAUCAUUUCGCUCUGAGAGGAAUCUAA